GAAGACGGAGAAAGGAGGUUCACGGGGGCCCCACCUCCGGGUACGUGGAAUGCCUUCGUGGAGGACCACGCAGAGCGGCAGCACGCUCAGGCAGCCGGGGUGGCGCCGAUGCCGGCGGGGCGCGAGCAUGUCGGACAAGCGGAGCAAGUAGCCCCGCCGCGUCCCGCUGGAGGGCCACAGGCUCUUCACGCGGGCCCCUGGUAUCAGGAGCCAAGGCCGCAGCUUCUCGAGCUGGGCAGGGCAGUCUUGGCCCUUUGCGACUGGCAGUUGGCGGCGAAAAUGGUCAUGCUCGUCUUUUUGCUCAAUCCGGGAAAGCCCCAACGCCUGGCCACCCUCUGCGUGGUGGCGGCCCUGGCUUAUCUGUAUCAGACGGGUAUCCUGGCCUUGCUCUUGGGUCCUGCCUUUCGGCGGCCAGCAGGGCGAGGAGGGAGGGAGGGAGGGAGGGAGGGAGAGGAAGGGGCUCCUGCGGACGGUCCAGAGCAGGAGGCAGGGGCAGGAGGGAGGGAGGGGCAAAGGGAGGGUGGCACCGGGAAAGAUUUCUGGGCGAUCACCAAGGAGAUGUGCUACACGGGCGCUUUGCCGGGGGGGGAACAUCGGUGGUGGUUGGAGGCUUUUGUCUUGUCUGCGUCCUUCUUCCUCUCGCUUUUCCCCACCUGGAUCCCCCACAGGAUGGAGGAAGGAGUGGAGGGAGGGAGGGAGGGCGAGCUGGGAGCACUGGCGGGUGAAGCAGCGGUACAAGGCUAGCGUGGCUUCAAAAUACGCUGUUUGAGGCCGCCCUUGUCUAGUAAGAAUUGCAGAAAGGGAGCGUAGGAAGAGGGAACGAGAGACAAACUCCUGUAAACGACGCCUGCAUAUCACGUGCGAGGUCGUGGAUAUUCCCUUCAUUGAGGUCAGCAGGCAGCAGAUGUUCGUCCUGUAAUCGAGUCACGAUAUGGUACACCAGCGGUGUCAUGAUAAGAUGUCACGUCGGAACUAGAGAAGCAAAAGAGUAUCAGAUGCAGGGACAGCGCUGGGAUGUUACAAACAUUCACAGGAGCUUCAAGGACGAAUUUAGGUACAUAUCAGAGGCGUCCAUUAAAUUCAGGAAAUGAUGCAAAAGACAAAAAAGGAGCAAAGACUCGACUGUAGGGUCGAGGAAGUUAGGGCAAGGAGACACAAGCGAAGGCAAUGUCCUUGUACAUCUUGGAAUGGACUUUUGGUUAUAAUUGAUUGCGAAAUUGAAAACCAAAAGUGCUUGUUUAA